GAAUGUGGAACCUCAGUAAUGUCGAGUCGGGCCGUAACGGGUCGUUCUCUGGAGAGGACUGUGAGGUCGAGCAGGCUCUGGGCAUCGUGCUGGCCGUCAUGAUGGCUCUGGUGGUCUUCUCGCUGGGCUGCUCGGUGGAGGUGGUGAAGGUGUGGAUGCACGUGCAGCGCCCGUGGGCCAUCCUGCUGGGGCUGCUGUGCCAGUUUGGGUUCAUGCCCCUCAUUGCCUACUUGCUGGCACUGGGCUUCUCCGUCACGCCGGUGCAGGCCAUCGCCAUCAUCAUUGUGGGCUCCUGCCCCGGAGGAAGCACCUCCAACUUCAUCACCUACUGGCUGGAUGGAGACAUGGACCUAAGCAUCACCAUGACGAGUAUCUCCACUGUGCUGGGUCUGGGUACCAUGCCUCUGUGUCUCUAUAUCUACUCCUACUCGUGGAUGCAGAUGGGAGGUGUGCAGAUCCCGUACAUCAACAUCGGAAUGGCGUCCAUCACGCUGAUCGUUCCUGUGCUGUUCGGAGUGCUGAUCAACUACAAGUGGCCGAAAGUAGCAAAAAUCAUUUUGAGGAUCGGCUCCUUAGUGGGCGGGUUGGUGAUGUUAGCGGUCGGUGUGGCUAGUUUUACACUAUGUGAUGGCCUGUGGGGCUCGGACAUCAGCAUUCUUGUGAUCAGUGCCAUAUUUCCUCUGAUUGGCUACCUGGCUGGAUUCAUCAUCACUGCUAUAGCCCGGCAGCCAUGGAACCGAUGCAGAACCAUCUCCAUGGAGACAGGAGCCCAGAACAUGCAGCUAUGUGGGGUGUUUCUGCAACUGUUCUUCCCAUCGUCUGACGUGUUCACUCUGCCUGUCCUGUACUUCUGCUUCCAACUUCUCAGUGGCCUUCUGCUGGUCAUUGGCUUUCAGAUUUACAAGAGGAUUUCGUGGAGGAGCGAGCUGAACUUCCAGCAAAUAGAAAGAGCAUCAGUGAGUGUGAUUUAAUGGAAAGACGCUGCCUGAGUGAGAGUGCAGAUCACUCUCUGACUCACUCUUCACUAAGACAAGAAGACAGACUGAGAGGAGAGUGCUGAAGCUAAACUCUCUGUCCAGACCAUGUUAUUGUCUGUGAGCAGAAGAGAAACUGUUUUAUUGUUUGUGAUGAAAAGUUAUUGUUGUGUUUGCAGCAGCAGGAAAUACUUAGAGCUUUACUGUGAAUGUUUUUUGUAAAAAGAGACAGCGUCACGAAGUCGGGAUAAAUUUUCAUACCACGUUUCAUGUCUUUACGUAAUAACGUCA